UUUAGCGAGUUUGGUGAGUAGAGAGACAAACAGAAUCGGAGCUAGAGGGAGUGGUGCAUUACAAUGGAGACUGCGAUUUGCGGUCGAAUUUCUCUCUCUCCCAACCAUUUCUCACACCCUAAACCCGGUGAUAAGAACCAUUUUCAAAAACAAUGGGCAAUCCGGAAUGUAAUGGCAAUGCCGAUUGCAGGAGUGGGAAAAGGUGGUGGCUUGUUGGACAAGCCUGUAAUAGAAAAAACAACUCCUGGUCGAGAAUCUGAGUUUGAUUUGAGAAAGUCCCGGAAAAUGUCCCCAUCAUAUCGUGUGCUGUUGCAUAACGACGAUUACAACAGGAGGGAGUACGUUGUCCAAGUCCUUAUGAAGGUCAUACCAGGGAUGACCGUCGACAACGCUGUAAAUAUCAUGCAAGAGGCACAUUACAAUGGCCUCUCAGUGGUCAUUAUCUGUCCCCAAGUAGAUGCAGAAGAACAUUGCAUGCAGCUGAGAGGCAAUGGCCUAUUGAGCUCAAUUGAACCCUCCAAUGGAGGUUGUUGACUUGUUGGAGUGAACAAAUCUCUAGUAGAAAGAAUAAUCUGUAUGAGAUGUUAGAUUUCACAUAUGUACAUAGAUUAUUGAAAACCAAAUAGUUUUGAAACAUGGUUGUCUGUCUGUUGAAUUAACCAAUAAAAGACUUUACUCUUUUCUUCA